UCUCCAGUGUCUGUCUGUAUAGCCUUUGUUUGCUGAGAUCCUGCUAAAUAUUAUGGGAUCCAAUGGAUUUUUAUUUGGAAAUUGAUCCAGUUACCUUGAACUUGAUCAUCCUGGUAGCUAGCUAUGUUAUCCUGCUUUUGGUUUUCUUAAUUUCUUGUGUGCUGUAUGACUGUCGGGGGAAAGACCCUAGUAAGGAAUAUGCUCCUGAGAUUCCAACGGAAACCCAGCCUCCAAUCCGGCUAGUGGUGAUGCAGCAAGGAAACCCCGGUACCCGCUGGGGUAAAGGACUUGUCCCUGCUUAUGAAAAUUCUUCUGGUCCACCAGGGAAAAGGACUACUGUUGUUUAAGAAGGCCUUCAAUUGCUCUUGAGUUCUAAUCUGUUAUUUCUGCCAUGUUUACAUCCGGUUUGCAAAAGGAUAAAGU